CGGCAGCCAAAGCGGGAGGCGGGCACACGGGUGGGUGGUCGCUGAGAGAGUAAGGGCAGCGGAUGGUGCAGCGAGGUCGCCAUGCACAGGAAUUCCUAAACAAAAAUGAGUGAAGAGAACAGUGUUACUUCACAAUUUGAAGAAUAUGAAGACGACUUUGAGAAAGAUCUUGAUUGGCUAAUCAAUGAAGAAACAAAAAAUAGUGAUGAAGAGCCAGAGGUAUAUGAAGAAAGUGAAAACAUUGAUGCCAAAAUUAAUAAAGAGCUGGAUGAUGAAGAAAGAGAAGAAAAUAAAAAUUCCAUAGAUGAGAAACAAUCUGCAAGCUUUGUAGAAAAACCAUGUGAACGGAACAAAGAUUUAAUAAACCAUGCAGAGAUCGCUAGGGGAGAAGAAAAUGUUAUUGUCAAUCAACCUGAUCCUAUAUCAGGAUCAGAUAGUGAGGGUUCGUUUCAUGAAUUAAAGCAGGAUGAUCAGCAAGAAGCAGAAGAGCAAACAGAGGAAGUAAAACGCUAUAUGGUAGAAAAGAUUGAGCAAGCCAACAAGAAGUUGCAGGAUGAAGAUCCUAUAGAUCAAAAUCGAGAACGCAGAUUGAAGUUCAAAGACCAUUUGGUUGACUUGGAGGUCCCCCCUAUCCAUUUACUGGAGACAGAAAAGGGUAAUGGAGAGGUCACAGGUCAAAUGUCUGAAAUGUGCAUUUCAAGUGAUGCUCAAAAGGUCAAUGUUAAUCCAGGAAAUAAAGGUGAUGAAGACAAAAUCAAAGACAAAAAGGUGUUGAUGGAAAAAGAUGGAAAAUUUGAACUAGUGAGUUUACAGGAUUUUGGGAGUCAAGGUUUAUUACCUCAGAUUGCUGUAGCAUUCAGUGAAAAUGAAAGUAAACAAUCUCACUGCUGCAAUUCAGAUAAUCCUAAAGGAAACAACUUUUCAAGUAGUCAGACCAGUUUAUCUCCAAAUGAAAUUCUUCAUAUUCCCAAACCACCAGAUGAACCAAAGGAUCGAGCAACUUCUGCAGCUAAUAUAAAGAAUGGAGCUCAAAAGAUACUACCUAGAAGGGUCCAAUCUGCAAUAAUGUCUCCCAAACCAUCUCCCCAACCGAACAUCUCAAAGGAAAAGGAGUUGAAUUGGCAAACCCAAAAGACAGGUCAACUUAAGACUGAGGUGGGGGUAAGAAAAACUGAAGAAGAGAUGCAGAAGAAAGAAGAAAAUAAAAUGGCUUUUGGGAUCUGGCUUCAAAAGAAGAAGCAGCAGCGCCAAGAAGAAAGAAGAAUUCAAUGUGCGAAGGAACUAGAAAGAAAGAAUAGUAAGGAACAUCGAGAUCCGAAUGAAGCCUUCAAUCUCUGGCUAAAGAAAAAACGGGAACAGCAAAUUAAAGAGCAGCAAAUAGAAGCCAUGAGAAAAAGGGAACAAGAUUACAACUCAAAAGUUCACACAAGGGAAGAUUCUGAAAAAGCUUUUAAGCAGUGGCUAAAAAGAAAGAAAGCUGAGAAACGGGCAGAACAAUUGGCUGCAAAGGAGCGAUGCAGGAAGUUUCUGAUGGAAGCUAGAAAAGUUAAAAGAAUGCAGACUUUACUAUGCACCCUUAGUGAAUCUAAAUCAUUUCAGUUUGACAAUUAUGGUUACAGGUUCUAG